AAGGGCGGUACAGUACAGGCGGUAGUACAGGGGCAUUUUCGGAAUGUAAAAUUCACUAUAUAUACAGAGGAUACACUACCACACCAUACGCCAAAUUAGUAACCGCCAUCAACAGAAUUUUCAGCGCUAAUUUUUCUAGUCUCGAUUUGAAGAAAAAUUUGCAGAGAUGGGAGAAGGAAGCGGCGAAUUAGCGAAGCUGAACCGCAGGAAUUCGUUGAGGAGGACGGAGUACGGGCGUCCGAUCCCGAAGAGAGGCCAAGUGAAGGCGGCGAUCGUGUCCGGAUUGGCUCACUCUUUGUCGUCGAUGCUAUCGAUCGGUUCUCGUUCUCAUUCGUGAAUGAAGGUAUCGGAGAUUGUAGAAAUUUCCCCAAAACUUGAUUCAGUUCGAGCUGCCUGCUUGUGGUUCUGUUUAUGUGUAAUUUUUUGUUUUUGUUUUUGUUUUUUUGAAGAUAUGAAAUAGGUUAGCUGUUUUUUGUACAGUUUUUACUGAUAAGACAAGAGUUUCUUUAUGGUUUCUAUUCACUUAUUUCUUAUUUUUCAUAAAUAUUUGUUGUUGCUGAAAAUGAACGUUGACGUACGGUCGGUUUAAUUGCGUGGGCAAGUCGGUAUAGAUACAAAAAGGGAGUUAAAAUCCCACAAUAUUGCUUGCGAUGAACAAAUAAGGAAAAGGAAAUGAGGGAAUGCGAUCAAGCCUAGACUGAUCGAAUAAAAUUAAUUGAAAAAUAUAAUUUGAAAUUGGAACUGAUUAAACUAUUUUGUUUACACUAUCAUCUUUCACCUAUUUGGUAUUAUUUAUUUUUGUAAAAAUAUUUUUUUUCUCUUACAAAAUAUUAAAUCAAAUGCUAAUUUUUUUUUCUUUUAAAUUUUCAAAAUUUCAAAAAUUUCAAAAAAAUUCUGUCUAAACGGAAACAUAGUUUUUGAAGUUUAAUCAAAAUAAAAACAAUGGAAAAUAUUGACAAGAAAAACAGCCAAAAAAACAUCACGUCAUCAAAAAGAAAAACACUAAAUUAAAUAAAAAAGAUAAAUUAUAAUAAUAUAAUAUUCUUUCUAUUCCAACUUAAAGUAUAUUUUUAUCUAUUAAUCUAUUACAAAGUUCGAAAUGAUCCUUUUGAAGUGGGACGAAGAAAAUUCUUUAUUGUGUUUCAGUAAAAAUAAAUAAAAUAUCAUGUAUUUUAUUUACUGUAUAAAUUUUAUGUGUUAAAUUAAAAUACAAUAUAAAACUAGAGAUGGCAAUCGAUCGAAUCGGAUUAAAUUUAUAAAUAGGCCCUAAACUUUGAAUUCAAACCCGAUCUGUUUACUUAAAUGGGUCAAAAUACUCGAUCUAAAUUCGAUUAGCUCAAAUCCAUUCAAUCCGAAAUGACUUGUUAAUCUGUUUACUAACUUAUUAUUAUUUAGAAAAAUGAUAUCCCAGCGGGCCAUUAGAGCAAAAAUAGUGGCCUGAAGACCGACAGCUUCACCGUCUGACUCACAGUCCUCUUCUCUUUGUCGACGUUUUUUCACUUACAAUAGCUCUCAUUUCCAGUGUAAAAAAGGCGACAAGUUUGGGAAUGAUUAAUGCAGGGAGUAAUAAAUAUUACAAAUCACGAGUACGAAACGAGACUAUUUAAUGCAUUGUGUAUAAGCGUGGAGGAGAUUCCUCGUCCAAAACAAGUAACAGCCAGGCCAGCCUAUUGCUAUUUCAAGGAUAGUCCUGUAGCGCCAAGAAAGCAGCAACGUCCUCUAUAUAUUGGUACUUGUUUAGCCGUAACCCGCAAUUCCUGCGCACCCAAUCUCACCUACAUAUACGCCAGUUUCCAAACCAGAUGAACACGCUCCCCCUCCAUCCCACCCCCACCCCCAUCCCCACCACAGGUUCACAGCUUUUCUAUCUCUUACGAGAAAGUUGUUGCAGCCUGCAGGGAGGAAGAGGAGGAGGAGGAAGAGGAGGAGCGAGGGAGAGAGACAAAAAUAAAAAUAAGAAGAAUAAAAAUGGGGGGUUACAAAGGGAACCAGACUCGGGAUGAAGAGGGAGUAAUGGCGGCAGAUUUCUUCUGGUCCUACACAGAUGAGCCACACGCCUCGCGCAGACGCCAGAUCCUCUCCAAAUACCCUCAGAUCAAGCAGCUCUUUGGCCCUGACCCCCUUGCUUUCCUCAAGAUUUCUGCAGUUGUUCUGCUCCAGCUAUGGACUGCAACCCUCGUCUACAACGCCACAUGGUUGAAGAUCCUAAUGGUGGCCUAUUUCUUCGGCUCCUUCCUCAACCACAAUCUGUUCUUGGCAAUCCACGAGCUCAGCCACAAUCUAGCCUUCUCGACUCCCGUCUACAACCGAUGGCUCGGGAUAUUCGCGAACCUCCCCAUCGGCGUCCCCAUGUCGGUGACCUUCCAAAAGUAUCAUCUCGAGCACCACCGCUACCAAGGCGUUGACGGGAUGGACAUGGACGUCCCGAGCCUCGUCGAAGCCAAGCUCGUGAGGAAUGUCUUCACAAAAUCCCUAUGGGUUCUGUUCCAGCUGUUCUUCUAUGCGCUCCGUCCCCUGUUUCUCAAACCGAAGCCCCCCGGCAUGUGGGAGUUCGUCAACUUCGCCGUCCAGAUUUCGCUCGACGUCGCAUUAGUCCAUUUCUGGGGCUGGAAAUCUCUGGCUUACUUGAUCCUAUCGACAUUUGUCGGGGGAGGAAUGCACCCGAUGGCCGGGCACUUCAUCUCCGAACACUAUGUUUUCAGCGACACGGAUCAAGAAACGUACUCGUACUACGGCCCUCUUAAUCUUUUGACGUGGAGCGUAGGCUACCACAACGAGCACCACGACUUCCCGAGGAUCCCCGGCACCAAGCUACACAUGGUGAAGGAAAUCGCCCCCGAGUUCUACGACGAGCUCGACGCCUACCGGUCGUGGAGCCAGAUUAUUUACAUGUACAUUAUGGAUAGGACCGUCGGGCCUUUUAGCCGGAUGAAGCGCAGCAUUUCGUCGACGAAGACCGGUUCGAAGAAAUCAGAAUGAGGAGCAAUGUGUUUUUUGGGAAUGUCUUGCUAGAUUGGUCGUGUUGUUUAUCGAAUUUGUUUCAUGUAUGUAUUGCCAUAUCUCUUAGUUUCUUAGAAGUUUAGUUCUUGAAUGAUCAUCGUCAAGAACCUUCUAUGAUUGAUUGAUUCUUUGUUGGGACAGAGGACAUUAUAUACAGCAUAUAUAUGUAUAUUUUCAUUUCUUGAUUGCUAUUGAAUGAGUAUAUUUUGGUU